CAAACACCACCCGGCUCGCCGAAAACGAUACGCGACGCGCCGCACGGCCGCUCACCUCGCCCUCGCCACCGUAUCGCGUUUCCGCCCCCGACGCACAGGCCAAAACCAACCAGUCCACCACACGCACCACCGCACCGCGCGUCGCGCGAGACCAAAAAAAGGAAAAAAAAAACCCCACCACCACGCCAUCAAGUCCACCACCAUCACCACGGCUACUACUAGCAAUUAGCAAAGCACCGUGCGCGGCCGCGGCGUCCACUCCUCCAUCUGGCUAGACACACCGUGUCUCCGGCCGGCUGCCUCCCUGGAUCUGGUCGUGGGGAGGGAGCUAAGCUGGUGGUGAUUUUGGUCUUGGAGGUGUGGCGAUGCUGCAGCUGCUGAUGGCGCUGGCCUUCUCGGCGGCGCCGCUGACGCUGUACGUGCCGCCGGUGCGGAGCCUCAGCCUCUUCGUCGAGGCGAUCGAGGCCGUCUUCCGCGACUGCGCGCCGUACUCCCAGGGCGCCAUCUUCCGCUUCCGCCUCGGCCUCUCCCGCAUCCUCUCCGGCCUCGCCCGCGCCCUCCGCUAGACGCCCGGCCCGGUGACACCUCUCUUCUUCCUAUUGAUCGGAUACAUGUAUGUCGGCUACAAUCGCCCGCGGCCCGCACGUCAUCAGCUUGUGCGAUUGUGAAUCUCUCUUGCAUCUUGUUUUCUCCUCAAUUUGCCCCCUUCACUUGUAGUUUUUGCCUAGUUUCUUUUCCCUUUUUUUUUGGGUUGGGGAUUGGAUGUAGCAUGUAGAGAAGGGAAUAAUCAAGCUUAGUAAUCUGUUCAGAGGGGAUCGAGAUUUUGUGAGAAAAUUAGCGUGUUUGUGUGCGUGUAUGGGGAUGUGCUGUGUAUAAUUGGGAAAGUUUGCGUUCUUGAUCAGAAGCUGUAGUUGAGAACUGAAAUGAAUAGAAGCAUUUGACUCUUUGGUCUGAUAA